AGCACCCGCCGAGCCCGGGGAUCGGACCAAACCCCGCAGCGCCGGCACCAUGACGCUCGCCAGCCUGGUGCUGGCGCUGAUGCUAGGGGCUCUCGCCGAGGCGGUCAGCGGGGAUCCGAGGCGGGGGUAUCUGCACCACCGCCACCCGCCCCCUCCGGGUCCCCAGCACCAGGACUCCAGCCCCACCCCGCAGCGGAGGUCCGGGACUUCCCCGCCGCUCCCGCGUGCCGUCCCGGCCCGGCGCGCUCCCGGGCUGUUCCCCGGCGUCUGCCCCGCCGGCGCGCCAGGGAUCCACGAGACGGCCCGGGGCGCCCGCGGUCUGCCCUGGGCGGAGGUGCCCGCCUUCUUGGAGCGGCCGCCCCCGGAGGGCUGGGCUUCACUUCGAGGGCAGCGCCACAACUUCUGCCGCAGCCCCGACGGCGCGGGCGCUCCCUGGUGCUUCUACCGCAGCGCCCCCGGCCGGGCGGACUGGGGCUACUGCGGCUGCAGGCACGGCCCAGCAUCGCCUGCCAUCCGCCUGGCUGGCGGCCGCAGCCUGCAUGAAGGGCGAGUGGAGCUCUAUCGUGCUGGCCAGUGGGGCACCAUCUGUGACGACCAGUGGGACAAUGCAGAUGCAGAAGUGGUCUGCAGGCAGCUGGGCUUCAGUGGCGUUGCUAAGGCAUGGACUCAGGCGUAUUUUGGGGAAGGAUCUGGCCCCAUAAUGUUGGAUGAAGUGCGCUGCACGGGGAAUGAGCUUUCCAUUGAGCAGUGUCCCAAGAGUUCCUGGGGAGAGCAUAACUGUGGCCAUAGAGAAGAUGCUGGAGUGUCCUGUGCACCUCUGAUAGAUGGGGCCAUCAGACUUGCAGGUGGGCGAGGCAGCCAUGAGGGCCGCCUGGAGGUGCACUACCAGGGGCAGUGGGGCACCAUCUGUGAUGACGGCUGGACCCAGCUGAACACCCGCGUGGCCUGCCGGCAGCUGGGAUUCAUGUAUGGCAGACAAGCCCCUGCCCACCAUUUUGAAGCCAGCACAGGGCCCAUCUGGCUGGACGACGUCCACUGCUCGGGAAGGGAAGCCAGCUUCCUCCAGUGUUCCAGGGGCCCAUGGGGCCGGCACGACUGCAGUCACAGGGAGGACGUGGGCAUCACCUGCCACCUGGGCAGCAAGGGGCGUGGCCUGCACCUGGGUUUUCCUGUCAGACUGGUGGAUGGAGAAAAUGAGAAGGAAGGACGAGUGGAGGUCUACGUCCAUGGCCAGUGGGGGACAGUCUGUGACGAUGGCUGGACUGACGAGGAUGCGGCUGUGGUCUGCCGACAAUUGGGCCAUAGGUCCUCCUUCAAGAAGGCCUACGGCAGUGCUGGGUGACUGCAGUGCCUUCCACCAGGAGGAGGCAGGAGCCUCCGCUGCUCCUGAGCUUCCUCGCCUGUCCACAGCAUGUCUCCUAACCCUCGCUCUGGACACGCAUCAUCCUUGGAGUCAGAGGGCUGGAGGAGGUGCACUGCCGUCCUUCUUGCCCAGCUCCACCCGCUGAAGGAAGGCGGGCACCACAUGACUCUCUGGGUAAGAAAGGUCCCGGCUCCCGGGCCCCAGCGUCCAUCCUGCCACCCAGCUGUGAUGACCCCUGAGCCCUGGCCGUCCUGACCCCGCUCACUGCAGCCCUGCUCCUCCCUAGAGUGAUGUCCUCACUGCCUCCACAACUGGCCACUUCUCUGUUCGGGGCUUUCCAUGGAAUCAGGAGCUUUAACCCGGGGCUCAGGACUCUCACCCAUGUUCCCAGCCCUCGGCCUCUCCACCUGGGCCGGCUCAGGGGCUGCACAUGGGUCACACACAGGAGUGGUGGUGAGGGAGCACGGCUGAGGGGGCAGAAGGCCUCCUGGUCUUAUUCAAGGUAGAGAAUGCGGGGCGGCUAACUGGUACAGUGCCCAGGGGCACCAUCAGGGCCUUUUUCAAAUUUAAAAAAGAGACCUGGAGGGACACUGCAGCCAACACCUUGAUCCCAGAGAGGUGGCAAGAUGGAGCCCAUGGGAGAUCCGGGGGGUGGGGGGGUUCACACUACAGGACACAGCCACGGGCCUUGACGCCCUUCAAUGUCUGCUUAGUGGAGAUUCUGAUCAGUGCUUGUACCCCAGACUACCCGCACCCCUGAGCCCACCAAAAUGGAUUUCCUGCUCUCGGGCCCCUCCCUCAUCAGUGAGGUUGAUCUCUCCUCACUUAAACCCCACUCCCUUUACUUCCAUCACUGUCUCUGGAUCUUAUUCUUCAAAUUUGUGAGACAGGAACCUAGAAGGAAAUUGUGAAGCGGGGGAUCCAGGCCCAUCUCCAAACUCCACUUUAAUUGCAGGCUCAUGAGGUUGAUAUGGAAAGCUUGGUCCUCGUCCCCUGCCAACUCAAUAACAAGGAAAAGAAAAAAGACGAAAAAGAAAAAAAGAAGUUUCCUUACUUUGGUAGCAAAGGAGAAAGGCAGGGGACUCUGUCCCUGAGGCUGUGGUUCUGCCCAUGGGGGGACAGGGGGUUUUAAAGAGUGGACUCCAAGGCUGCGGCCCAGCAUCCUCUUCUUGCUAAUUCAGGAGGUGGUCAUUCCUGCGCUCUCCUGGGGCCAUCCCCAAGUCUGAAUCUCUUCUUUCCUGUGCUGGGUGAGUGUUCAAGGACAGAGGGCUCAGCCUAGAUGGGGAAGAAGGAGAUCCAGUGUCCUCCCAGAUGAUUAGGGAGGGCCAGGGGGAGAAGAAGAGAUGAGUUACAGGGGCCCAGCAGCCAGGCUGUAUUCCAAGAACGAGGUGGACCACUGUUCCAAGAUGGUCAGAUACCUCCGACCACGACCGACCGUUAGGCAGGUUGGGGGUGACAGGGUUGGCCUGAGUUCCUGCCCCCGGCUCCCCCGGCCAGAACAACCCAACCACGACAGAGUCACUCACAGGGAGAAGGGAGGGUUCUGCUGUGACCAGACUGAAACUGUAAGGAGCACUUAGUCCUGACCUGGGUGUGCACCAUGAGGAGGUCCCCUCUGCUUGACCCCGGAGUGACGGAUGUCAGCCACUCAGCCUUGCUGGUGACCUCUUGUUUCUUUCUUCCCACCACGAAAGCCCCUGGUUCCGUGCUGCCUCUGUCAAGACUUGCCAAUGAAAGCCACUUAGAUAUGCAGCUGAAUUCGUUGUACUUUUGACUUUUUAUUUAACAACUAAGUAUACUUAUUGCUAACAUCCAGAAGUAACUGUGUCAUCCCACACUACCUCUAUCUUUUCCUGGGUUUCUCUAGAAAAGCAGGGCACAGAGCCCACACAACAGGCUGGGGCGCUCUCCAGGCCACAGAGACCCUCAGCAAUGUCUGAAAACCGGAAACUCGCUCAGUGUACAAAGGAAGCACUGGAAGUAAUUCACUUUGCCUGCCUUCCUUCCUUCUUUCUGUCUUUCUUUCUUAGGCUGGAUCCCAGGGUCUCCUGCACGCUAUGCAAGGGCUCUACCACUGAGCUGCACCGAGCCUCGGAAGUCAUUUAGAGAGGAAGGACUGUUUUGUGCUAUAGAACAUUACUGUAGUCGGUGUUUCCCCGACAGACCUGUGAGAACGCCCCAUCGAAAUCCUCAGAGAUCGGAAUGAAACUAGCACUUACUGAAAACCACUGUGCCCAGUAGUCCUUACAGAGGUGAUUUACUUUAACCACAUAAAAUCCCACAGGAUGGAUGUCAUUACUCUCUGAAUCAGAAGAGGACAUUGUGGCUCGGGGAAGUUGAAUUACUUGCCACAGGAGAGUUGGAAAGAGUGAGCCUCACACUUUUCAGUUUAUUCAUCCCCCAAAUCCACACUGAGGUCUUUCCACACCAUGUUUACGUCUGAAAAAUAAUCCAUCUUUUAAAUAAGUAAGAUUUUCUUUGCUCCAUGGUAGAUGAUAUGGAAUAAAAUGGAAAAGGUAGCGUAUCUAAGAUAGAAGUGUAUUUAAAGGUGGUGUUCUGUGAGAGGGUGACCAAGGACAGGUGUGUGCAGUCUGUAGACGCCCUGGUCAGGAGCAGGUGAGAAGGAAGGAUCUCACCUGUGGGAGAGGGGAGGCAGACCCCAUGGACUGGAGAGCUUCCGGUGGCUUCCUGCUUGAGUGACGAACAGCUGUAACCCUCAGCGUCUGUCCUGCAGUGGGUUUCAGUGGGCGCUUACUGAAGGAGGAAGCGGAGGCACGCCUCGCGAUGGCUCCUUUUUGGAGACUUGUGCCCACGCUCCGUGGAAGAUGGCUUGUCUCUCACAGCCCUACAGCAUGCCCGUCUCUCGGUGGCUUGAAUGACAGAACUUGAUUUUCCAGUUCUGGAAGACAGGAGAUCCAAACUCCAGGGGUGUGCCUGUCUGGUUUCGGGUGGGCAGUUCUGGGUCCCCCAUGGCUGCCUCCUGCUGAGGGCCCACCUGGUGCCAGCAAACGUGGGCAGGCAGGCUGGCAUCUCAUAGAGACACGACGCUCUGGAUGGGGUGGCACCCUCUGACCUUGGUAACCUACUCACUCACUGCACCCACAAGGGUGAUUUGGGCUCCAGCCUGGGGCUUUUGUGUGGACACAUGCUUGGCUCACAACAGAAGAUGCAGGUGAAUCCUGCCCGGCUUGCUCUUCAUGAGGACGUGCCUGACCACCCGGGUCAGCGGCUCUGUCUAACCCUGCUGGCGGGUGUGACGGGAGCGCAGGGCCCUGGGUGUGGAGAACCCCCCAGCAUGGAGCUCCACAGGCGUCUGGACAGUGGAGCCUUCUCCUGAAACCCACCAGGAUGGGGUGCUUCCCCACUACAUGGACCCUCAGGCAAUAGAGUCCCACAGUGAACGCAGCUCAGUGUCACCAAGGCAGUGGUGAAGUGGGCGGUCCACACGGCUGUCCAGCGAGGAGCCCAUCCCUCGUCAGAGUGGCUGUGCUUGUCUCGCCCUGCGGACAGGAGGUUGCAGGAAAGUGGAAGCGAAUUCUCAUUGCUGCUCAGGGUUCCCAGCUCCUCACCACCUUCUCCACCCGAGGGAAAGCCAGCUGUGCCCAGGCCCAUUU